CUGAUAACAUCCCCCUCCCCACGCCGCUGCGCGUUCAGGCCUGCGGGUGCGCGCCGUGGUAGUUCGCGGCCAGAGCUGUGGGAUAAAGCAGACAAACAUGGGUUUGGAAAUGUACUUGGAUUUGUUCUCGCAGCCUUGUCGCUCGGUGUACAUCUUCGCUCGGAAAAACAACAUCCCGUUUGAUUUCAAGAAGAUCUCCUUGCUGAAAGGUGAGCAGUAUGGCAAAGAUUUCGGUCAAAUCAACGUGUUGAGAAAAGUACCCGCAAUCCGAGAUGGUGAUUUUUGCCUGGCUGAAAGCAUUGCCAUUAUGAUGUACCUAGCGGAGAAGUACCACACCCCAGACCACUGGUACCCGGCGGAGCUGCAGAAGAGGGCCCGUGUGAACGAGUACCUGUCCUGGCAGCACAAUGUCAUGCGCACCUACGGGUCCAAAGUUUUCUGGUUGAAGUUCAUGAUCCCAAAGAUUAUGAAGAUUGAAGUUCCUAAAGAGAAGAUGGACGCUGCCCUAGAGGACCUGGAUGGCUCCUUGAAGCUCCUCGAGGAGAAGUUCCUUCAAGACAGGCCGUUCAUCGCUGGAAACAAGAUCUCCCUGGCUGACUUGGUCGCCAUCGUGGAGGUUAUGCAGCCGGUAGGUGCGGGCCUGGACGUGUUCGAGGGGCGGCCCAAACUGCGCGCGUGGAAGGAGCGUGUACGGGCCGCGAUCGGCGCCGAGCUGUUCGACGAGGCGCACCAGGGCAUCCUCGAGAUCGCGGACAUUGGGCAGCAUGUGGACGCCAGCCAGCUGGAGAUCUUCAAGCCCAAGGUCCUCAGAUUGUUCCUCUGAAAUGAUAGUAGUGAACGUUGGCUGUUUUUGUUUUUUUGGUUGGUAGACAGCUUGUUGCUCAACUCUGUGUGGAAAACAGCGAAUGCGUUAAUCCCAGUCAUUUAAUGAUAGCGAUCAGUGAGGGGUUAGCUGAUAGACACAUUUUCAUUCCAGUCCCGUUGUCUCGAGAUAAAAAAAACCCAUAUUUGCCUCCAAAUUGUUUUUUUCAUUAUCCUGUGUUUUUUUCUAAGGGAAUUACAGCGUAAAACUAGUUUAGUUUCAUUAUAAAGUUGAUGCUCUUUAGAGCUUGUCCAUUAACUUGCACACGGUAAUAAAGAAACCGUGUAAGAUC